AACUACGAGCAGAUGAGAACACUAGUAGAUCAACUUCACGAGCGAGCGCACUUUGUGAGACUAGGAGGGGGUGAGAAAGCUCGAACACUUCAUAUAUCAAGAGGAAAACUGUUACCCAGAGAAAGAAUCAACAAUCUUGUAGACCCAGGGUCUCCUUUUCUAGAAUUAUCCCAGUUUGCAGGUUACCAGUUAUAUGGCAAUGAAGAGGUCCCUGCAGGUGGCAUUAUUACUGGCAUUGGAAGAAUAUCAGGAGUAGAAUGCAUGAUUGUUGCCAACGAUGCCACUGUCAAAGGAGGUACCUACUAUCCAGUGACGGUGAAGAAACAUCUACGGGCCCAAGAGAUUGCGCUGCAAAACAGGCUCCCCUGCAUCUACUUGGUUGAUUCCGGAGGAGCAAACUUACCUCGACAAGCAGAUGUAUUUCCAGAUCGAGAUCACUUUGGCCGCAUAUUCUAUAAUCAGGCAAUUAUGUCUUCUAAAAAUAUUACACAGAUAGCAGUGGUCAUGGGAUCUUGUACGGCAGGAGGUGCUUACGUGCCUGCAAUGGCUGAUGAAAACAUCAUCGUGCGCAAGCAGGGUACCAUUUUCUUGGGAGGACCCCCCUUGGUCAAAGCGGCAACUGGAGAAGAGGUGUCUGCUGAGGACCUCGGAGGUGCUGAUGUUCACUGCAGAAAGUCUGGAGUAACUGACCACUAUGCUUUGGAUGACCACCAUGCCCUUCACCUAACUAGGAAGAUUGUGAGGAGUCUAAAUUAUCAGAAGAAAUUGGAUGUUACCAUUGAACCUUCUGAAGAUCCUUUAUUUCCUGCUGAUGAAUUGUAUGGGAUAGUUGGUACCAACCUUAAAAGGAACUUUGAUAUUCGAGAGGUCAUUGCUAGAAUCGUGGAUGGAAGCAGAUUCAAUGAGUUCAAAGCCUUAUAUGGAGACACAUUAGUUACAGGAUAUGCUCGAAUAUUUGGAUACCCAGUAGGUAUCAUUGGAAACAAUGGAGUUCUUUUUUCUGAGUCUGCGAAAAAGGGUGCUCACUUCAUCCAGUUAUGCUGUCAGAGAAAUAUUCCUCUGCUGUUCCUGCAAAACAUUACAGGAUUUAUGGUUGGGAGAGAGUAUGAAGCUGAAGGAAUUGCCAAGGAUGGUGCCAAGAUGGUGUCUGCCGUGGCCUGUGCCCAAGUGCCUAAGAUCACUGUCAUCAUCGGGGGCUCGUAUGGGGCUGGAAACUAUGGGAUGUGUGGCAGAGCAUUUGGCCCGAGAUUUCUCUACCUCUGGCCAAAUGCUCGUGUCUCGGUGAUGGGAGGAGAGCAGGCAGCCACCGUGUUGGCCAUGAUAGCCAAGGACCGAAAGGCACGGGAAGGUGAACAGUUCUCCAGUGCUGAGGAAGCAGCUUUAAAAGAGCCCAUCAUUAAGAGGUUUGAAGAAGAAGGGAACCCUUACUAUUCCAGUGCAAGGCUGUGGGAUGAUGGGAUUAUUGAUCCAGCGGACACCAGACUGGUCCUGGGUCUCAGUAUUAGUGCAGCCCUCAACGCACCCAUACAGAAGACUGACUUUGGCAUCUUGAGGAUGUAACUGGAAUAGAAAACAUUUUUCUGUUGAACAUGUACCAAAAACUGACACAUGUAGUAGCUUUAACAAUUUAGACUGUUUGAACAUGGCUAUUACAGUAAUUUUUUUUAAACACAGUGCAUUGUACUUUUCUACCUUAAAAAAAAAUCAGUGAGGAUAUUUAUUCAGUGAAUAUCAAUGCCUUUUAAAUUUUUUUUAGAGAGAAUUCUCUGUGACUCAGUUUUACCACCCAUAAAAUGAAGAUAAUGAUUUACAUGUAUCCUUUCUAACCAUCAAACAGUAUGAAAAAUUCUGUAAUCUGUAAAUUUCAGAUGUGAUUGAGAUUAUUUCUAUGAAGUUGUAUUUCCACU